AUUAUUACUCCACACAGAAGUCUAAUGUGUAAACUUUCAAAACUCUCUCUCUCUCUCUCUCUCUCUCUCUCUUUAGUUCAGGCUUAAAAGCAAAAGAACCAACUUUUUUUACAAGAACACAGAGCCACCAAAUUUGUAAUUGUAUACUCUAGCUCUCUCUCUCUCUCUCUCUCUCUCUCUCUCAAUCAUAUGCAGAUUCUCUAAACCACUAGUUCCAUCUGUUAGCAUUAUUCAAAGAUUAAAGGGCAUAAAAAUGUUGUGCACAUCCCAAGCCUCAACGGCCAUAUGUAUGAGCAUGGAAGAAGCAUCAUGUUCCUCUUCAUCCACAAUUCAACUCGGCGGCCGAGCCAUCGACCGCCACAACCCAAUAAUCAGAGAUGCAAAUAGAAGCUCUAGAACUCUCUCCGCUCCCUGCUCUUCUCAGCCACCUAUCAAUCCAAAACCUUACCGUCAACUCCAAAAGACCAAGAAAAGCUCUUCUUCUUCUUCAAAGCCAGCUGACCAUAACAAGAAGAAAAGUUCCACCAAGCCAAUUGAUGAAAAGAAGAAAAGUGUGGCUAAGCUAACUGAUCAUCAUAUUAUCAACAAGAACUCUUCUCAGCCAACUGAUAUUAUAACCAAGCGUUGGACUAAACCAGUUGGUGAUUUAAUCACACCUCCUGGUUCGUCUAGAUACUUGUUGAGCGAUACGGCCUUAUCGGAUAGCGACCCAGUUUUGGCAUUGGUUCCGGUUGAAGAAAAGAAGAUAACUCAAGCUGUAAAUCAAGAUGAAUCCAAUGCUUCAAAACCCUCUUCCUCUUCGUCGUCUAGCUCAAAAACCUCUUCGCCUGAUCAGGUUGUGGUGUUGAGGGUGUCACUACACUGCAAAGGCUGUGAAGGAAAAGUAAGGAAACAUCUCUCUAGAAUGGAAGGAGUGACAUCAUUCAACAUAGACUUUGCAGCGAAAAAGGUAACAAUUAUUGGAGAUGUGACCCCAGUAAGCGUUCUGGCAAGUGUGUCAAAGGUGAAGAAUGCUCAGUUUUGGCCCUCUUCAAUUUCUGCAACUUCUGCCCCAGCUGGUGGGUCUAAUAAUGUUGAAACCAAGAAGUAAAGAAAGAGUUAGCUAGUGAGAAAAUCAGGAAAUUCUGCUAUGGGUUAUGUGAGAAACAAAUACUUAAUUUAGUGUAAAUGCCAGUUAUUAUGCUAGAAGAAUUUGUAACAUUUGCUUCUAUUUGCAAGAAAAGAGUGGGAACUUUUUUUUUU